ACUGGCGACAACGUCGACAAUGAAAUUCAUUGUCGACUAUUUCUAUUGUCGAUGUUUGUCGACGAAUCGUUGCAGCCCUAGUGCAAACAACCUUUUGUCCACAAAGCUGCUGUACCAAUCAAGCUAAGAGUAAGUGAAAUUCAUGCUACAUCAGAAGAUUAAUAGUCAUUUACAUUAAAAUUCACAAGCAAAGCUAGCAUUAUUAAUUAAAAGCUUAUUCUUUGGUGGCAGAGAAGGGAUUGUUUAAAAAAAUUGAAGCUUUUUAACACAUUUUGAGCGCACAGGGAUCAGCUCAAAUGACGCUAAGCCUAAGAUAAUUAAGCAAAGUGACAGAAAAAGUAGCCCGAACAGUUUGUGUCAGAUCUUUGUGGUUAGAACGUUGUUAGGUUAAUCUUGAGGUGAAACUAGUCUAAAAUCCCUUGUACCUAACCUUGUAAACAGUUUAGAGUAAUUUUAAAAGGCUACUGACACUAUCUGUACAAAUGUUAGAAGGUUUUUUGAGGGAUAUUGUUUUGUUUUGGCAUUCUGUUUUGUUGGAGAGUUCCCCUCACCUCUCAGUAAACCGAUUUGCUGAAUGUCAGACAGAAGAAGCUCCAGAAUCAAUAUAAUUAAUUAGUUUGUUAAUGCACAACACUGGCAGCUCGGGUCUAGUUUGGUAAAUGCUAAAGGUUCCCUUCGCUAUUUCAGACUGGCUGUCUGCUGAUUGGGUGACUUAGUUUAUCCCAGUGGUUUAAACCCGUCUGACAGAAGUUUACAGAAUAUUUUUUAUCAACUCAGAUGGCACUAAGAGGUAUUUAACGCUUUAUUCUUAAAGCAAGAGCUAAACAAAGGUGGUUUUAAUCGUUUCCUUUGAAAUGUCAGCACUUUUUAUGAAAGGCGGAUGAAAAAUCUCUUGUUCUCCUCUGUUGAUUUCAGAAUAGACUCUGAUUUAAUGCAGGUUUCUUUUUAAAUGCUGGAGCUUUUUGAUGAAAAUUAGAUUAAGUUCUAGCUAAAAGUAUCAGCAUUAAAAUAUUGCAGCCCACAUCUGAAAGACGUCUUGGCUGCCUGUGGUUAUGGCGGCAGUCCUCAGGAGUCCUGCCCAAACAGAUGUUUAUAGAGGGAGGUUGACAUCAGUCGAAUGGACGCUCCCUGUGGAAUUCCUGCUGUCAGCAGGUUUGUUUCACAAAGCAUCAGUGGCGGUACCAACUGCCCAUCUAGCCAGAGUAGUUGCUGUGUUUAACUGUUUAUGUGAGACAUACUAAACCACUCAUAAUGAAAAUUUAUAUAUAAAAAAUAUAACUUAACUAAAAUGUUUUAUUAAUAGCUUAACCAGCAUGUUAAAGUGGAAGUAUUUCAUAAAUUUGAUACUUAAUAACUUUUAUUUACUUGAAGUACUGUUUUUUGUUUGUUUGUUUUUUAAUAGCAGCAGCAGCAAAAUGUAGAGCAUUUCAUGCAUCCAGAGGUCAUGUUAAGCAAGAGCUUCUUAACAUUUCUGCUGAAAAAACUUAUGUCAAAUUGAAGACUGUGAACAGGUUUAUAAAUUACAGGUAGAGUUGGUAGGGUUGGUAUUCCUGCAAAAAAGCUGUUCCAGCAAGCUACAUUUUUGGAAAUUAACAAUUAUAGGGUCCAACCCCCUUUCAUCAGGCCCCCUCCUACAGUCUCAGAAGCUGAUGGUCGCAGGAAAUGGUUUAACACCAGACCCAACUGAUAUUGUCAAACAACCUUUAAAACAUAACUUUUUUUCACCUUUUUGUCCCAUUGUUUGUACCGUUUCUGCCAUAAAUCCUAAAGUGUUGCACCUAUGUAAAGCCGCGGAGCCUUUGAGCUUUAGAACUUGUCACCGUCUGAUGCCAUUCAGGAGUUCCAUGGAUUCUGUCUGCUGAAAUCUCAAAUUAGAGAAGCCACUGGGACCUAAAUCUGAGAUCCAGCAGAGAGGACUCUGUUUUACAUUGGUACCCCCUUCUACUACUUCUACUGAGACUAGGUAACCGUAUAAUAAUUUAGUAUGCUAGAUACUAUAGCUAGGCUUGCUCGACUUUGCUUUCUGUUUAAUUGACAAGGGAGUCAGCUCAAACAGGUAUGAAAGUGCCCCUCUGUGUAAUGCCAUGAAAACAAGGAUCUUGAACUCUAUCCUGUAUCUCACUGGAAUCCAGUGUAGCAUUGCCAACACUGGGUGAUGUGGUCCUUCCUAUUUGUACUAGUUAACAACCUGGAAGCAGAGUUUUGAACUAACUGUAGUCUGGCAAUGGUUGAUGACUCGCCCCGACAAGCAGGGAAUCACAAUAAUCGUGUACUGACGAAUGCCUGUAUGACCGUUUUGAAGUGGGCAUGUGACAACAUAGCUCUAAUUGUUCAAAUACGACGCAGAUGAUAAAAAUAUAAGGUAAGAGUCACACUAACCUGCUUUUCAAAGAAGAGAUCGUCAUCCACCUUCACUCUGAGGUUCGUGAUGACACUCUUCCAGAAUGUAGACAACAACCCUAACCCUGGAGACAAGACAUUACCAUGAUGAACGCUUAAGGGGAAGAGGAUAACCUCUCUUGACGUUGGAGACAUGUUGGAGGCAGGGCAAGGGAGAGACAUCUUUACCGACUACACUCCACCUUCCUCUACUCCCCCGCUUGUCCAGAUCUAGGCUAACAUCAGAUUUUAACCAUAGGCCCUAUCAAAUAAAAAUGUUUUAAGCCUAGUCUUAAAAGUAGACAAGGUGUCUGCCUCAUAGACUAAAGCUGGGAGCUGGUUCCACGGGAAAGGAGCCUGAUGGCUAAAAGAUCUGCCUCCCAUCCUAUUUUUAUAUUUUCUGGGAACCACCAGUAAACCUGCAGUCUGAGAGCGAAGUGCUCGGUUAGGAACAUAUGGGAGAAUCAGGUCACUGAUGUAUGAUGGAGCUUGAUUAUUAAGAGCUUUAUAUGUGAGAAGGAGGAUCUUAAAAUCUAUUCUGAAUUUAACAGGCAGCCAAUUUAGGGAAGCUAAGACAGGAGAGAUAUGAUCUCUCUUUUUAAUUCUAUUCAGAACUCUAGCUGCAGCAUUUUGGACAAGUUGAAGACUUUUAACUAUAUUCUGUGGACUUCCUGAGAGUAAUGAAUUACAGUAAUCCAGUCUUGAUGUAAUAAAUGCAUGAACUAGUUUUUCAGCAUCACUCCUGGAAAGGAUGCUUCUAAUCUUAGCAAUAUUCCGAAGGUGGAAAAAGGAAAUCCUACAAAACUGUUUAAUGUGGGAUUUGAAUGACAUGUCCUGGUCGAAGAUAACACCAAGGUUCCUUACUUUGUUCUCAGAGAUUAAUUUAAUGCCAUUCAGGUCAGGUGAUUGACUAAGCAAUUUCCUUUUCUGAAUUUCAGGUCCAAAGAUGAGAACUUCCAUCUUGUCUUGAUUUAAAAGCAAAACGUUUUGAGUCAUCCAAUUUUUUAUGUCUUCAAGACAAGCCUGUAAUCUAACUAACCGAUUGGGUUCAUCAGAGUUCCAAACGUUCAAUCAGGGCAUGAAUCCUUUUUCUCUGAAUAGAAAUCAGAAGUCUGCCCCGAACACACAGAAACACUUAAAAUAACCAAAACUUAUCUGUAAUGAUCCAUCUUAAGUUUGAACAGUAUACUUCCCAGAGACAGCCCUUUCAUGCAACAAUAUAUAGGUGUUAAUAUUGAUACUAGUAAGUCAUUGUGACUUAGUCAAAGCAUGCUGUGAUUUUGUAAAACAUAAUGGAUUAUGUCAGCCAAUAAUACUAAAUGUUCAGUAAUUUCUGGCUUCAAAACAACUUCUUUUUUAUCAGAAUAGAAAUGUAUUUGCUUAAACUUAUUUAUUUGAGAAAAUUGGUACAAGAAGUACCUGGUAGGAAGUCAAAACCAGCUAAAUGGAACUGAGUUUGUACUGGUCACUCAUAAUUUGCAUGAAGACAAUAAGAAAAUUUGAUUAUCCUCAGUGACUUUAAAACAACAUGUUUAUUCAAAACUUAAAAAAGAAGAAGAAUUUGCCAAGGAAAUCUUGAGAUAAACGUGUGGAAAUGUUUACUGAGGCUUUGUUUAACCAGUCUUUGUACCAUUUAAACAUCCUUGCAACAUGGGAUGAUGCCACAUUUGUCAGCAUGUGUCAUCAUCAUGUGUUGCUGAUGAAAAUGUGUCAUGUUUGUUACAAACGGCAGGCAGACAACUUGUGUACGGUUUCUUUAAGAGGCUCCGCUGGUGCUCUGCCUUCUGCUUGGGGCGGUUCAGGGGAGGGAGGGACAUUGUUGACGAAAAAACGAGCUCCGGUUGGCCAGGCGUCACUGAGGGAAGAGACGUCACGUAGAGGAGAGGGCCUGUGGUGUAAAAUAACAUCUCCUUUUAUGGGAGGAGGCGGACAGGGCCAUUAGCAGAGAGAGGUGAGGUUUGAUCCCCUCUCAGGGAUUCCUCUUUACUCUUUUCAGCAAACUCUUUAAUUUGAGCUGUUUUAAUUCAUCAUUGUAUACUUAAUUAUAUUUUUAUUAUUGUUUUCUUUUCUCUCUUUAACUUGAAAGUUCUGGUACUUCUGUAAAAUCUCUUAUCAGAGGCAUAAACUCAUCUAGACUUAAUCAUGUAUUACCUUUGAUAAAUAUUUUUUCCAUCCUUUCUUCUGAUGAUUCAUAUAAUUGAUUAACAGAGAAUAAAAUGUCCUUGUAAGUUGACGAUUAGAACAGGAAUGACUGUUUUUAAUGGAGGUUUAUCUCUCUUAUGUUCAGUUUUGACAUCCACGUACAUUCCCACCCCCCAGCCUGUUGCAGCUGGCUUGUUCUCCAUUCACUCUUUAACCUCAGAGCAACAAAACAGAAACAAAAGCUGCCUCUGCCUCUAGACUUUACUGAGUGUGACCACCCCCGCUGUUUGCUGACAUGGUAUCUCCCAAGAACAGGCAGUCGCCUCCCCUCCCUAAGUCAGAUUUGUCUCCAUUCCAAGGAAAUGCACUAUACCUUUGAGUUGGGUAAAGGAAUCUAGUUAGACUCAUUCAGCUGGAUGCCUAAUUACACAUAGGCUAGCUAAAACAAAAAGGAUUGCGUGUCCUUCACAAGAGGGGGUUGAUGGACACAUUUAACCAAACAAGUAAUGACAAGGAUACUUGUGAAUCCCUGGGAGAGCUUUUGAAACUCCCCCCCUCCUUCCAAUGUUUCAGUGGUUGGGGCCAUGGCCUCUCAGUCAGGCAACAUGAAUUGUGAGGACCGGAAUGUGCUCCGAAUGAAAGAACGAGAAAGGAGAAAUCAAGAAAUCCAGCAAGGCGGAGGAGAAGCCUUUCCAGCCAAUUCCCCUCUUUUCCCUGAACCCUAUAAAGUAGUCAGCAAAGAAGAUAAACUGUCCAACCGUAUUCAGAGCAUGCUGGGUAAUUACGACGAGAUGAAAGAGUCGAUCGGUGACACGCUUCCAAAGCCCGGUAAUAAACCUUCGAACAGCUCGUCUUCCACUGAGGACAAAUCCGUCCCUCCUCUGUUUGGCGGGGACCAGCGUGGCGUUGGUGGAAGCCAGAGCAGUAAGUGGACUCCUGUUGGCCCGGCAGCGGGCGGAUCAUCAUCACAAUCCCAAAAACGCUCUGGACUCUCGGGCGGACACAGUAGCCAGAGGAGCAACGGCGGCAGUAGCAGCAACAGUAGCCAAAGAGGGGAAGUGCGAGAAAAGAAGUCGAGCAAGCACGGUGCAGGAUCAGACCACUCAAAGUCCCAUACAUCCAGUCCAGCCAAGGGUUCCCUGAGCUCCUCCGGCAGCCACUCGCGGAGCUCCUUGUCAUCCGAGCAGCAUCACAGCAAGGAGCGCUAUCGUUCCAAGUCUCCAAGAGACCGGGAGGCCAACUGGGACUCGCCCUCACGGGUUCACACCUCCUUUCCCAGUGGACACUCGAGUCAGACCUUUCCUCCGUCACUCAUGUCCAAGCCCAGCUCCAUGCUGCAGAAGCCCACAGCUUACGUUCGGCCUAUGGAUGGCCAAGAAACUGCAGAGCCCAAAAGUUCCCAGGCGGAAAACUACAGCGGACAGUCACACAGCAGCACCAUGGGAGAGAUGAAGCCCAACGGCAAGGCUUCGCUAACCAAACUCAAGAUCCCCUCACAGCCCGUAGAGGGGCCGAGCGAUGCCAACUGUGUCGAUGAAAUUCUGAAGGAAAUGACUCAGUCGUGGCCCCCUCCGCUAACAGCCAUCCACACUCCCUGUAAAACGGAGCCCUCCAAGUUUCCAUUCCCCACCAAGGAUACACAUCCAAGUGUGCACAAGCGAGUCAGUUCAUCUAAAAGCUCCAGCAGCCACCAGCCGAAGGACAGCAGCGACCACCCCACUAUGCUAAAGGAAGAUUUGAAUGUAAGCAGCAGUGAAGACAGCGACGGAGAACAAGAUGCCAAGAAUCCCUCAAGAAACGUACCAGCAAGCGAAGCAGCCGAGCCAUCCAGGGAUGACCCCAGCAGCCGCAGCUGCUCCGAGAGCAGCUCGGGUUCUGACAGCGAGAGUGAAAGCAGCUCGACGGACAGCGAAGCCAAUGAGCGCCCGCGACCCGCCUCUCCUGACCCUGAACCACCUGCGACCAACAUGAGCUGGCAGCUGGACAACUGGUUGCAGAAGACCAAGCCGCCCUCUCCUGCGUCUCCUGUGAACAACCGUAACGUUUCAUCCAACUGUAAAAAAGAAAGUCGAGAAAGCUGCUCAGGGCGCGGUUAUGGUGGUCAGGGAGGAGGGUCAAAGGAUACGGCCCCAGCACCUCCAAGCAGGGACUUGCGCGCACUGCAGAAGGGUUCGGAGGGUGGCCGUGGACGUCAAAAAUCGCCCGGCCAGGGUAACGGUGGUACAAAUUCUCGCUCCCGAGUGGGCAAAAAGCAGCCUAAAAAAUCAGAGAAGCCUCCUGUGGUGGAGGAACCAAAGGGGGGUCUGAAGGUGGAGAGUGAGCCGGCUCCAGAAAUACCUCCUCACCAACCCAAAGCUCCCACUAAGGGUUCCCGAAAACCAAGCAUCAAAAAGGAACCCAAGUCCUCACCCAGGCCCUCUGCAGCCACCGUCACCACCACUACAGACAAACGCAAAACCAAGGCACCUACCAAGACGCCCCAGUCUCGUGAAAUUGUCAGCACAGACUCUUCAUCAUCUGAUUCGGAGGGAAAUGACAGCAUCCCAUCCUCGUCACAGACUCCCAAGUACCCAGAGAGUAUCAGGACCCCUGUAUGUGUGUUUUCACCUAUGGAAGAGAAAGAGGUGUUGUCUCCGCUCAGCGACCCUGAGGAGCGCUACCCCACAAGGCAGCCUCAUCCGCAGUCUUUACUCGUCAAGAUAGAUCUCAGCUUGCUGUCUAGGAUCCCAGGGCGGCCGUACAAGGAACCCGUGGAGAUCAAAGUGGAGAGGGAAGACUCUCAAGAUCGAGACAGCAAGGACUUCAGUAAGCAUAGCAAGUCCAAGAGGAAACACAAGAACGACGAGGAAGGCACAAAGCCAGAGAGCAAAAGAUUCAAGCAAGACGAAAAGUCUAUUUCCCAUCAUAAAAACAGCAGUAAAGACGAUGAUUCAUAUUCCACCAGCUCAAAGCGACCGUCGGAGAAGAAGGAGGAGCCCGCCCCUUCUCCUUCUAUGUCGGGCUCUCAGCGGACACCUAAGGGAGAGCAUCCAAGUCGAAAGGGAACAGUCAACUCGUCCUCUGGCGUGCUGUCGAGUGGGAACGGAAGUAAAAAAGAAGGGAGCCACGGCACCAAGAGCAGUUCUACCUCCAAACACAGAAAAGGAGAGGACAAGGGACGCACGCGCGAUGGAAAAGCUGAUGAAAAAGUAUCCAAUAACCAGAUGGCAGUGCCUCCUCUCUCCAUGGAGGGCUCGAAGUCUCAGAGAGCCAAGCUGGCUUUUGAGGACAGGGUCUGUUCGGCUGAUCACUAUUUACAAGAAGCCAAGAAACUCAAGCACAAUGCAGACACUCUGUUGGACCGUUUUGUGAAGGCAGUUUGCUACCUUGAUGCCGUGGUUUCCUUCAUCGAGUGCGGCAACGCCCUGGAGAAGAGUGCCCAAGAAGCCAAGUCGCCUUUCCCCAUGUAUGCUGAGACAGUGGAGCUCAUCAAAUACACUAUGAAGUUAAAAAGCUACAUGGCUCCAGACGCUACUUCAGCAGACAAGAGGCUAGCGGUGCUUUGCCUCCGAUGCCAGUCACUCCUCUACCUGCGGUUGUUCAAACUGAGGAAAGACAGUGCUCUAAAGUACUCCAAAACGCUCACAGAACACUUGAAGAACUCUCUAAGUAACACCCAGGCUCCCUCUCCUGGAAUGGGAAAUAAAGCAGCUGGAAUGCCCUCUCCGGUAUCGCCCAAACUGUCGCCCGGCACUGCAGGAGGCUACUCGACUGUCAGCAACACCAGCUCCUCCGUGACCAUACCUCAGCGCAUCCACCAGAUGGCUGCUAGCUACGUCCAGGUCACCUCCAACUUCCUGUACGCCACCGAGAUCUGGGACCAGGCCGAGCAACUGUCCAAGGAGCAGAAAGAUUUUUUCAUGGAGUUGGACAAAGCGAUGGGCCCACUGAUCUUCAACACCAGCAGCAUGACAGAACUGGUGCGUUACACUCGGCAGGGUCUCCACUGGCUGCGGCUGGACUCUGAUCUCAUUCCAUAGCGAGCAUUCGCUCCCUGCAAGCUGCUUCCUGUCACACACCCGAACCUCAGCCUUUCCUUCACCUCUAGUCCUCCACGUACGCUCACAUGUGGUUAACCUGGCAGACUUCUCUCCAGCACUGUGUCCAUAUUUCUUUUUUGCACCAGCUUGCCAAAAAGACUUUUGAGCAAAUUUCGGACAUCUCUCCCCUUCGACUGCACCAAGCGUCGCAGCUGCAGCAGGAAUCAAAAACAACUGAUCGUUCAUCUGCGUUCUUAUGAAAUUUUCUGAAGGCCUGGUUUUUAUCUCUUUGGCACUGGGUGAAAUAUUUAUUCUGAGUACACUAAAACUGAGAUUUUGUUUGUGGGCUACUUUGGCUUUUAGCUUUUUAUUUAAUUUUGUUCCACCAAAGUACCUUCCAGGAACACCAAAGGUGCUUUAAAAUGAAUGUUUCUCUUUAUCGUUUUUGUGCCUUGUGUGUGAGCUACAGGAAAACAGUCACCAAUAAUACCUGAUUUUACUUCUUUUUAUUCUAUUUGAUUUUUGCUUUAGCCACAAUUGUUAGCAGUCAUAAAAUUAUUUACAUGCAAUAAUAUAUAAGUAAGUUGGUGGAUGAAGUCCUUUUAACCAGGUUUAUUAACCCCGGUCCUCAGCCCCCCCCCCUUGCAUGUUUUCCAUGUUGCCAUUUCAAACACUGGUGUUUACUGCCACACACCUGACCUAAAUUAAUGAUGGACUCACAGGCUUCUGCAGCACUUGAUGUCCUCCUGAGGAGGCUAUUCAAAUAUGUAAACCAGGUGUGCUUGAAGCAGAAAACAUGCAGGACAGGGAGUGCUGAGGACUAGGGUUGAGUAACCCUGCUCUAAAGCUACCAUUUUGAUUUAUAUUUCAUUGUAGUCUCUUAGCAGCUGAGGAUAAUCCUAUAAAUGCCAGCUAAAUGGAACAUUUCUGACUGAAUUCAUAUAAAAUCUUCAGUUUAUUUGUUUCAAACCGUGAACUUAUUUCCAAUUCUUAAAGUCAAAAUGUUGGAAGAGGUUUUUGCUUUACUUUAUAAAAAUAACUUCUCUCACUAUGAAAUUGGCAGUAAUAUUAAUAAAAGCAUCAGAAUUCUGCUCUUUUGAGAUGUUUUUACAUUUGUAGCGCCGUUGUUUCAGACCUUCCCUCAAACCAGAGCCACUUCCUCAGUGUUACUUGUCUUUUUAGUCUUUUUUUUUUAAUCGAGUGUAUUUUUCUUAAGAACUGCAGGGUUUGUCUUAAGUAUUGAAGGUUGUGUCCAACAUAAACAGCACAGUUAUUUAUUUAGUAGAUUUUAUGAGAACUGGGUUGUUUUGUUGUGCUGAUUUGGUACAACAGGGGGUUAGCAGUGUUGCAUCAGUGAAGAGUUAUAAAUUUAUGAUCGUAUUUAUCAAAGAAGACGUAUAAUGACCAAUACAAACUUUAUAUUUAUAUACCAAGCAGUUUUUUUUUAUUCCAGCCAAGCAAAAUGCAGGAUUGAACGGAGGUUAUGAGAACAAGGGUUUUAAAACGGAGAUGUUUCACAGCAGGAAAAUGCUAUUUGCUUUCUUAUAUAUGUGAACAAUUGUCCCUUUGUUCAUGUGAAUUUACUGAUAUAAACAAGCAAAUGCUGAUAUUAUACCUAGCUGAUUGAAGGUCAUGACGGCUAAUUAGAGAAACUUUCCUUUUUGGUUAUUUUAGGCCAACUUCCUACCAAAACAUGCUGAAAAUUCUAACUUUGGGCCAAAUAUUAUUUUUAUGAUAUUUUUAAAUUGCUAAAAAAAAUGCAUAGCGAAGGUGUCUGUUUUACAUCGUCUUCUCUUGGCUAAGCAUUUACCAUUUUUCUGGCUUGUCACUUAUUUUUUCAUUCUUUUUUCCUUCACCGGCUCCCUAGCCUUUACCGCAAGCAGGGAAACUGUUAUUUUCUCUUACAGUUGAAUAAGAGAAAGUCAGAGGAGGUAUUAUUUUGAUCUAUGCAGGAUUUUUUUUAUUAGAAAAACAAAAAGUCUAUUUGUGUGAAGGGGAAUCGGGGGAAGAAUAUCAUUUUUAAGCUUGGGACUUCCUUUUUGUUUUUGUUCUGCCUCUAUUAAAAACUGUUUAACUGAAAAAUGCUAAUGCCUUUAGCUUUUGCAAUUUAGUGUAAUAUACCUAUGUAUAGAUUUUUUAAAUAACCAUACAAAAGUGACUUCUAGUCACUUUGUACUUAAAGCUGGAGGUGAGUUUUCUCAUAGAAACUCCUCAGUCAUGUCUUCAUACACUGGUACACUUUGUAAGUAGAGGUUUGUGUUCCCUACACUAUCUUAUAAGUAAUAACAAAAGUAGCAGUAGAAUCAUUUUUAACAGUUUGCUACUCACACUUAUUUAUUUUUCUGCCCUUUUUGCAUAUUUGUUUUCUUCCUAUUUUGCCUUGAUGAGGAUUUUAUGAAAUAGGAAGCUGUAAAUGUUAUCGGAGUGGGUCAUGAAGAGAUUUCAUUGUAAGUAGUAAUUAAUAUUCUAACUUGAAAGAAUCCAGGGUAAGAAGAGGUCUUUUUUGACAUUAAGUAGAAAGAUGUUAACAUUUGCAUGUUUCUAUUUAAAUACAGCUGUGUAAAUUGUAAAUAUAACGCGUCUUAAAGGGGCAAUUUUUACUACAGGCUGUCAUUUUUAUUAAAUUUAAGAACAUAAAUGCUGUAAAUAUAUUGUGAAAGACUUUAUGCACAUUUUUCUUUCGUCCUCCGUGAACUUUAGUGUUCGUUUCAUGCCCUAAGUUGUUACAGAUGAUCACCCUCUGUUAACACUGUACAUCAGUUUGAUUUCUGUCCUUUUCUUACGUGCUCGUACACUUUGUCCUUUCCUUCACUGUCCGAUAGUAUCAGUCACCACAUAAUCUUUAACGUCUCUAAAUCCAAGUGCGAAUAUUUUGUCUUCUCUAUAUUUAAUAUGGAGCUGUGUAUUUCAUUAAGUGUAUAUUGUUGUUCUCAUGGCAUGUACAGUGCGUCCGCGUCCUCCGGAGACAGACAUGUUUACCAUGUCUCUUUUUGAACAAUUGUUCCAACAUGUCUUUUCGAACAGAGGUAUUUCUCAUCAGAACAGUUGUAGCAGUUUAUACAGUAUGUUGUACAACACCUUUUUCUAUGACGCGUCUCCAGAGUGAGGCCGGCAGCAAACACUAUGUACAAAAAUCUGAAUUUGGACUAGUUUUAGCAGAAUUGAUGAUGGAGAUGCUAUAAAUGAUGGAUGCAAUAUGAUUUAAGGUACCUGUUGAGUUUGAUCUUCAAACUUAGGUCAUGUAAUUUAAAAAAAGCAUUCUUGUGAAGUGAGUAUUAAUUGUGACUAAUGAGAGUCUGUCCUGAAUAUUCUUUGUAUUUUGCUGUAUUGAGAAUAAAAUAUAUAUGGAUA